AUGACGGUACCCGUCGACGCCAACCUGAUUCCACUACUUCGACAAGCGUCAGCUCCAUUUUCGUACGUGGACUUCAGUGGUGUGUGGGACCUAGACAUCCUCCGGCAAUGCCUCCCUCCAUCGAAACCCAUCCAAGCCUUCCCAAAAGUGGACAUCUCGAGACCCGUGCACUGGUUCAAAGACCUGUCCACAUUAUGUUACGUCACUUCCACCUUCGGGGACGAUUUCUACGGUGGAUACGAGGAACCUGGAAGUUUCCUCCUCCAACUUGAGCACUUAACGUCACUCUGCCAUAUCGAGUUGAAGUGCAAAGCGGCACCCACAAACUUCGAGCACGAUACGCUCUUUGCCACGUUGGCCACUUGUCCCAUUGAAACGCUGAUCUAG